AUGAGUAAUUAUGACGAUCUGAGAUCAAAAGAAGAACAACUAAUGAGAAUGAAUUAAGAAUUAGAAAAAUAAAGAAGAGCUUUGAAGGAAGAUUAUGUAUGAAGUAAUUGAUAAAAUUUUAGAUAAAAUUCAAAAAUAAAGAUUCAAAUUAUGAGGAUGAUAAUUAUGAUGAGAAUCUGGAUUACGAUGAGAAUGAGUUCAAUGAUGUAUUUUAUUAUAUACAAUUUAAAAUAGGUAUAUAAAGAUGAUAGUGAUUAAGAGUAAGGAUUAUAGUAAUAAUCAAAUUAUGAUUCUUCUGAGGAUGAAGAUUUCAAUAACGAUGUUGCUGUUCAAUAGAUGGUAAAUCAAGUUAGGAACAUCAAAAGUGCAGAAUAAAAUAGAGAUAAUCAAUAGCCUAUCAAGUAUGAUGACAAAAAAUAAGAAAUCUUAGAAUAGGAACUGAUAGUAGAUGAAUAAAGUAAGAUUAUUUAAACAAUAUAGAAAAAAUAUUAAGAAUGUAAAGUUUAAAAGCAGAUGCCUUGAAAUAGGAAUUAGAUAAUAUACUCUAAUAAAACAAGAUGAAAGAAAAUUUAAUUUAAGAAAUAGAAUAGAAAGGGAAGAACAUUAGUGAUUAAACCAAAAAGUAUAAUGCACAAAUUGUUAGUUUGAAUGAAAAAUAUGAAUAAUUUAGAUAAAAAUUAUUGGAAACUUAAUAAAAGACUAAGGCAUUAGAAAAGGAGAAUCUGGCAAUCACAAAAGAAAUAGAAUCAGUUAAGAAGGAAUAUAGAAAAAUUGAUGCAGAAGCUAAUAAAAAAGAUAUUGGAAUAAAUAGAACAGUUGAAUAAAUAUAAAAGUUGAAAUUAGAACAAUAAAAAAAUAAAUUAUCUAAUAAUGAUAAAUAGAGUGAUUUAUCUCUGAAUAUAGAAUAAUUCAAAAAAGAUAAUUAAAGAAUUGAACAAUAGAUUACAGAAUCACUUUAGGCUUUAAAGAAAUAAUUAAAAUUAAUUGACAUUCUUAAAAGAUAACGUAUACAUAUAAUUGCAGCAAGAAUGUUUUUAUUCAUAGAAUCAGAUUUUGCUAAAACUACUGAUCUUAGUAAUAAAAUAUAAUACUGA